UUUGACUAUUCUUUAUGGUCAAAACUGAAUAUGUCCAUCCAAACAAUUGGUUUUGUUCUUCCUUCAAGACACUCAACAACACUGAUGUUCAAUGCUAGCAGGAUCUCACAAUAGGGACAAGAAACUUUUAAUGCCUCGGUUUGUUGGAGCAGUAUGGGAGGCAUGUGAUGCUCUUAAGAAGGUCCCUGCCACAAAUGUGAUAGCAAUUGGGCGGGCAAUUACGCAGGUAGCAGUUUCUGUGAAGGAUGUUCUUCGUGAGAUGAAAGAGCUCAAGCCUGCUUCCCCUGACCUGAGAGAUGAAGCUUCUGAUGGCAGUUCUAGCAAAGUAGAAAGCAGGCCUCAAGAUGAUGAUGGUGAUGAUUUAAGCGAGGAUGAUAUAGGCAGUGACUUGUCACCUGAAGAAAUGAAAGUUGCUCAACUAGCUCAAGGGGUUGUAUCUGAGACACUUGUGACAAUAAAGGAACUUAUACGCACCAUCACUGGUUUGCUUAAGCAAGAAGCUCCAGACGACAAUAGUAAAUUUGCGGAUUCUUUGGAGAAAUUAUUGAAGCUAUGUCAAGGAGUAGGAGUACUGGCUGAUGAAAUUGGAGCCUGUCUUUACCCCCCUCAGGAGAUUGCUGCAAUAAAGGUGGCUUUGGGGAAAAUAUCAAGUAGCAUUAAUGAAGUGCAACAAGAGGUGGAAAGUUUUCAAACAUCUUCCAAGUCCGUGGGUGAGGCCUGCAAUGGGUUGAGGACUUUGUUAAAACAAAUGGAGGCCGAACUGGAUUGCUCCAGCACAACAGACUUGGCAAAUAAAUUGCAGAACGUUGCUGUGAUCAAUAAGGGAGAGAGAUUUGAAACUUCUGUCAACUGAGCCAACUUGUCAAGAGAAAAUU